AUGGUCCAUGUCCUUGUUGCUCUCUUGCUCGUCGGGGCGACCUCCGGCGCCAUGGUAAGCUCGGGAGCCAUCGAGACUCUGAACGGGAGGAUGGGAGCGAAGAGACACCAGGAGAUAUCUGUCUGUGGCAUGCUGCUUCCUCCUCCGCUGGUCCUGCAGCUGAGAGGAGGAACAAGAGGCGGGGUAGCUGAAGCCGUGUCCUCGGGGCAGGGCGGAGACCUAGAUCUCACCUCCUAUGACAGCAGGCAGCAAGCAAGUGUCUCAGAACUUCACAGCACACCGUCGCAGAACACGAGGAGCAAGGGCCGUCGACCCCCUGAUAGCCUAAUGGAGGUCGACAACGAGCAAGGACAAUGUGCUGUCAAGACUCCCGCACAACAGAGAGCGCGGGCCACACGGUCGAGGAUCGUCACCUUUGAAGAGCGGUCACCCACCGUUCACAACAAGUCGAGCUACUUCCUCUACACUCCACUAGAGAAGCGCCUGCAGCAACUGUCCUCGACGUCGACAGGACGGCGCGGUCUCGCCUUUCUCACGUUGAGGUCGUGCUGUCGGCUGACCUGUCACUUGGUUCAGGCUCAAGAUUCGAUGGACCUUGACAUUGAACUGUCGUCGAGCGUUGGAACUUUGUCGAGCAUGGAGGCUGCGAAGCACUCGACCGAGUCGCCGCUUUCCUCCUCCUCCUCCACUUCAAGGUUGAAGGCAGCGCCACCGUCGCAGCGCUCGUCAAGGAGUGGGAGUGGGAGGAGGAGGAGAACUCCUUCGCGGUCUCUUGCCUCGCAGGAGAGCUCGAUGUCAAGUAGGACAGGCUCGUCAAGGCAGUACAGGUCCAGAAGGACGUCGAGCUCGCAUGCAUCUGCAUCGAAGCAGGAGAGCGAGGCGAAUGUGUACGACGAUGGCUGGCUGGUGCCGCACUACAACAAGUGGGAGGUUGAGACGCGAGCAGUGGCAUUGCUAGUUCUUAUGCUUGUUCAGGUCCCUUGCAAGUUUGUUGGAUGUGACGGAGUCGAAUGCAAACAAUAUGAGAAGAAGGUCAAGACUCUGCGCAAGUGGAAGAUUGGCGAUCGAGUGAUGACGAUAGAUGGAGCAGGGGAAGUGAUCGAUAAGGAUCUUUCUAUCAGACCUUUUCGUGUCCGUCUUGACACCCAGGAAGAAGCUUGCCAGGAGCAGGUCGAUAAAACGUUCUCCGAGCUCUCCGACACCUCUGCCUCGGCCCCUCCGGAGGAGGAGGAGCCGGAGCCAACCGCUCGUUCCUUCCAAGACUACAUCCGCCUGAAGCAGGAGGCGACUUUCCUUGAUACCUUCGGCCCAUACGCCGACAACUUUCGAGUCCCCUCCUACGUUCAGUUGCUAAGGGAACUCAACGACUCUGAAGUGCAGGGGAGGCUGUGGAGUGCUGACGUGGAGGUAGAGGGCGACAACGGCACAAGAUGGUUCAGCUCGAUCAGGAUGGACGUGCUGCAGAACCUGACGGCUUUCACCUCUGAGAACCUCACGUUGGAGGACCUGUUUGUCAGGGACGAAGACGAGGAGGAGGUGAAGGAGGUGGAGCGAUGGCGGGAGAUGGCGAGGGAAAAAUCGUGCCCGACAUGGACGGAGAAGUUAUUGACAAGGAUGGAGCCGGGGACAGAUCAGCUGAGAACCAAGUCCUUGAAGGAGCUCCUGCAGCGAGCAUACAACUUCACAGAGGAGGAAGCAAGGGUUGCCAAGAGGGCGUACCUGUCCAUGGCGUCGUUGGGGAGGAAGCUGCGACUGUCCAACGUACGGCAGGCGGUGGAACAGGUGCUGAGUCGAGAUUCAAAGUUCCCUGCAAUGAAACCGAUGGCGCGGCUGGUGAGGCAGAUGUGCGAGCAUAUCCCGACGCUGGAGCUGUUUCCCUUCCUCAACAUCGGGCAUGAAGAGACGCUACUGCCCGAGGAGAAGAUGUGGGAGGUCGACACGGAAGAAGAAGGGGAGGGAGGAGGAGAGGGAGGAGGAGAGGGAGGAGGAGGCGGCGUCAGAGAUCUCCGCGAGGGCUCGGAUGGGAUGGAAGGAGGAGAAGGAGUGGGAGCAAGGUGUCUUGGAGGGGAGGGAGGAGAAUCGGUAGGCAAAGGAGAGAACUCAUCUGAAGGAGGAGGAGGAGGAGGAGGAGGAGGAGGAGGAGAUUUCAGACCAAAACCAUCCUACAAUGGGACGUACACGAAGAUCGGCAAGGUUUACGAAACCGACAUCCUCCUGCGAGACUUCUGGGAUGCAAACUCAACCAACAGCCCUUUCGAGGCUCCUGAUCCCAUCCCGCUGGAGGAUUAUGCCAGCGCUGUGUAUGAGCUGCAAGAUGCGAUCGACGAGGAGAAGAGGAGGAGGAGGAGGAUGGCAGGCAGGGGAGAGGAGGAAGGUGGGGAGGACGAGGAGGAGAAAGGUCCGUUCAUCUUCUACGACGACGACGGCUCUCCAUUGAUGGGAUGCGUUCACUGGAAUGACGUGGCGGAGGGGAGAUACGUAUGGGGUUCUGAUGAGGAGGAGGAGGAGGAAAACUGGAGGAAGAGAACGUCUGCAGAUGCACUGGGUAACCCUGCUGCUGCUCCUCCUCCGCCAUCUCCUCCUCCUCCUACGGAGACAGAAAUGUCGCUAAGGAGCAGCUUCAACUUCUCUGCGAUGUUCGCCAGCUCUCUUUCACGGGGGAGCCAGGAGCAGGAGCAAGAGGGCGAGAGAAGCAAGAGGAGGGCAAUGGUGAUGGAGGUUGGAAGCAGUGGGAGAAGUGGGAGGGAGGUGGGAGGGGAGGAGGAGGUGAGGAGGAAGGGGCGUGAGAGGAAGGAGGAGGGAGGGGUUGUCUUCAUCGGCGGAUACGACGGGUUCAACUACCUUUCGAGCCUCGACAAGUUCUGUCCCAGCAGCCUCACUUGGGACAUGAAGUGCGCGAGUCUGCAGGGAUAUGACGGGUUAGAUGGUGGCGAGCAAGCGAGGGUACUUUGGCGCUGCGAGGGUGGGGGGAAAGUCUUCGCGGUGGGAGGAUUCUAUGCGCUCACAUCGGGGGGCAGGUGUGAGCUAGUAGAGAGCUACGACGUGGAGACCUGGCAGAGGAGGAAGGAGCCCAGCAUGUUGCAGCCUCGAGCCUGGCAUGCGGUGACUGAGCAUGAGGGAAACAUCUUUGCGAUAGGAGGCAACAACGGCCGUAGACAUCUCAGGGAUGUCGAGACAGUGGGUGGAAAUCUUGUGCUAGGAUGA